AGAGCGAAGAACCCCUCACGCUCCCCUCCCUUUCGCCCUUCUCUUCCGUUUAUUUUCUCUUUUUCGGCUUAGCCCUCGUCCGUUACAUUCGUGGUGUCUCCUCGGCACCACGUCGAACACUUGGCGGGACCCGGCGGAAGUGUCGCGUCUCGCCACCGUGCUUGCCGGAGGCUGCUGUUUAUCGACUGGAGGAAGUAGAGGGGAGGCGAGCCGAACCAUCGAUGGUUUGAUGUGGUGAUGGGAAUCGACGAAGGAGGGAGGCGGUUGAUGGGAAGAGUGGGUUUUGGUGUUGCGGUGGGGUGUGCGGUGGUUUCUUGUGCGAUCGCAGCUAUACUUGUUGGCCGACGAGCGAGGAGCCGGCGGCGGUGGGGAAGGGCGGUGGAAGUGGUUCGGGAGUUCGAGGAGGGGUGCUCCACUUCGAUCGGGCGGCUCAGGCAGGUGGUUGACGCCAUGGCUGUCGAGAUGAACGCCGGGCUCGCAUCAGAAGGCGGUAGCAAGCUCAAGAUGCUUCUUACCUUCAUAGAUAGUCUUCCGGAUGGGAAAGAGAUGGGAACUUACUAUUCUCUUGAUCUUGGAGCCACAAGUCUUAGAGUAUUGCGUGUAGAGCUUGGAGGAACUCGCUCCAUGAUUUUGAGGCAUCAAGUUGAAAGCCAACCAAUUUUGCCAUAUCUAAUGACGGGUACAGCCGAGGAGCUAUUUGAUUUUAUUGCUAUGACGCUGCAAAAUUUUGUAGAAAAAGUUGAAGGACUCGAGCAUACAAGUGAUUUAAGAAGGGAGCUCGCAUUUACUUUCUCUUUUCCUGUUAGACAAAUUUCAGUUUCUUCAGGCAUCCUCAUUAGAUGGACAAAAGGAUUUGCAAUCGAAGAUGCUAUUGGAAAAGAUGUUGCACGAUGUUUAGAAGAAGCAAUGAGCAAACGGGGACUAAACAUGCGGGUCACAGCAUUGGUUAAUGAUACAGUGGGUUCAUUAGCUCUUGGUCAUUAUCAUGAUGAAGACGCAGUUGCAGCAGUAGUUAUUGGAACAGGAACAAAUGCCUGCUAUGUGGAACGUACGGAGGCAAUUAUUAAGUCUCAAGGUCUCCUCACCAACUCUGGUGGCAUGGUUAUUAACAUGGAAUGGGGAAGUUUUUGGUCAUCUCAUCUUCCGAGAACUUCAUAUGAUAUUUCCCUGGAUGAUGAGAGCCCGAAUCAAAAUGAUCAGGGCUUCGAAAAAAUGAUUUCAGGAAUGUAUUUGGGAGACAUAGUAAGAAGGGUGCUCCAUAGGAUAGCGCAAGAGUCGGAUAUUUUUGGAGAUGCUGCUCGCUGUUUGGCUGUACCCUUCAUGUUAAGGACACCGCUCAUGGCAGCCAUGCACGAUGAUGCCUCUCCAGACUUGCGAGAGGUUGCAAGAAUUCUACGAGAAAAUCUCGAGAUUCAAGAUAUUCCUUUGAGGGCAAGGAGAAUAGUUGUAAGUGUAUGUGAUAUUGUCACAAGGAGAGCUGCUAGGCUAGCUGCAGCAGGUAUUGUGGGUAUAUUGAAGAAAAUAGGAAGAGAUGGGAGUGAUGGAGUUUCAACUGGAAGAACAGAAGGCAAGUCCAGAAGAACUGUGAUUGCCAUGGAGGGAGGGCUUUAUGUUAGCUAUGGAUUGUUCAGGGAAUACUUGAAUGAAGCUGUAGUGGAAAUUUUGGGAGAAGAAAUUGCACAAAAUGUUGUACUAAGAACAUGUGAGGAUGGAUCAGGAAUUGGUGCUGCUCUACUUGCUGCCUCUCUUUCAUCAAAUCAAUGAAGAUUCCUCUGUACAUAGAUAUAUUCAUGUGCAAAUGUAAAAAAGGAAAAAAAAAAAAAGAAGAUUCAAAUCUGUUCAUAUAGUGACCGUUAUCUCUUAUUUGCUUGUAUUAUUUCAUUGUUUUCGCAGAAGAUUAUUGCCCUUUGUUUUAAGUGAGGCAGCUGGCCAGUUUCAUUUGAAAAAAGGAAAAGGGGGAACAAAUUGUAAGUCUAAAUUAGACGAUUGAUUCCCUGACGCUUAAAUUGAGGAUAAGAAUCUUCUGCACCAAUAUUGUAUCUGAAGUUGUGGAGGUUAGCUCAGUUUUUCAUAGUUUUGGACAUCCAUUAUUCAGCUAAUGUAUUCUUUAUUAUUAUUAUUAUUCAAUCUCUCGCACUCUCUUCUGCUUUUCA